UGGAGGAAUGACAGGGGCGGAAAGACGAGCCGUUUUCUUCGAAAAGAAAGGCCUCAGAGCGCUGAUUCUGCCUGCGAACAAGAUGAAUGACGAGGAGGCGCGACGAGGAAGUAGACUUUCGUCGAAGGUGAGUGUUGUAGAAGCCCUUAUGAUAUCCACCAGUAUCAAGUACCAGUACCGGAAUCCAAAACCUGGCGUUUCCGCAAACAUUUUCAAUUCCAACCGCGGCCACUGUGUUCGCCGCGACUUCGCGUCCGACCUGGUUUGCGAGUGUUUUCCCCCCUACAGAGGGCCGGUCUGUGAGUUUUUGGAUCUCCCGAGGAAGACUAGCACGGCGAAAAAUAGUAAAGGGAUGAAUCAACACGUCGAAAAGAACUACUACAGCGAUGCAGGUCCUCAACAUGAAGAGACCGAACGACGCAACUUCGUCCAUUACACGGUCGACUCUGCGCACCUGGACGAGCUCCGGUUUGCUUUGCACAAUCUGUGGGAGUUCUUCAAUAAGCAACACGACUACCCGGUCUUGCUCUUUCACGACGACUCGUUUUCUGAAGCAGAAUUCGACACGCUGACCGUAGAAAUUCUACCACGACAGCAGAACCGGGUCUGGUUGUAUCUGAUGGAGAAACCCAACCACAUCGGCGUCCACAAUUGGGAGAGCAGCACGGCGAAGGGGCACAAAACCGCUGCCCACCACUCGAAGGCCGGGUACGCGGAACAGGCACGGUUCCGGGCCUUUCCGCUCUUCAAGCACCCGGCGGUGGAGAAAAGAUUCAAGUUUAUGGGGUUCUCAAACGUUACAUUCUCAACUGUUACAUGAUUUGUCAUGCUGCAAAAACACUAUCGCUCUGCACGUGCACACGAUCAAUUCUCGACGCGCUAGAUACCAUUAUAAUCUGCUCCAAACCUGUAAUGAAAAAGGGCCAAUCUUUUCCCUUUCACUUUUGCCAUUCUUGCAUGACAAAUUUCAUGUAACAGUUGAGACUGUAACGUUUGAGAACGCCAUAAAGUUCGCCUGGGGGUUAGAUACCGACAGCUACUUUCCAAGGGAAGUGGAAGCGGAUGUGUUUCCUCCAGUAGAAUCGGAUCAAGGUUCAUCCGAUAGUAGUCGAGAAAGAACCCCCAAAGCAGGAGCCGCCCCCGCACCAGUCCACCUUGGCUACAAGUACAUUACGCGGUCGACCCCGGCCAACAGCCAGAAUCUGUACGCGUGGUUACAGAUGUUCCUGCAAACGCAGCCGGUUUGGAUGCAAAACAAAUUCUUGCUGUGGCCGAGCCGGAUGUCGGGGAUGGCGGUUGCUGGUAAUAAAGGAUCAACAGGAGAGUCGAAUUCGAGACCAACCGCAGAAGAUGUUGGUAGAAGUUCGACACCAUCCUUUAUGUCUUCGCCCCUCCUCUCCGCCGAUAUCGCUCUGGCCAUGAACGAAACCUUAGCGGCGUGGAACGACGGCAGCAUCGCGUUUCUUCCGGAAAACCGUCUGAAAGCGACUGAGCAAGCGUUAGCGAUGGUCUUGGAGCACGUUGUGUCCACUUCGAACCUCCAAGCAGGUACUACUGGUAGUGCAGAUGAUGAUGAACGUGAACCUCAACCUCCGGCAGAAGAUAAUUUCCGUGGUAGUACUUCUACCCCCUCGUUCCAGGAACAUCAACUACAACCAGAUAGAAGUAGUACAACCGAGCCCCUGUACCAAAAGCUCUUGAUCACCUUGCCGGAGUACCCGCUGGGCUUUACCUGGUCGCUCGGCGUCGUGAUGACCGACUUAUGAACUGCAAAAGUAUCGUACUCGUAUAAAUGCAUUACAAAUUUUCCCAGCAUGAGAAAUAAAAUAUGUCAUGCGGAUUUACUUCAAGAAAAAAAUUUGUAAUGCCUAACUGCAAUUACUACGAGCACGAUACUUUUGCAAAGCAUACGACUGUGAGAUAGUGGAUGUGGAGUACAUCACGGGUCGACGAGGGGUAGGCGGGUAUCCACUGCAAAUAUGUCUGAGUCUGGAAGAAUGCAACUUGUGAUGCUACCACGGAACUCGAAAAAAAUCUGUAAUGCACGAGCAGCAAGAGCAUUCCAGUUUUUGCUACGUGGACAGGGCAUUUGUCAUGCGGGAUAGGCAUCAAGACGCUCUCAGAAAGUCUGUGAUGCUCUGGCGUACAUCACAGACAUCAUGGCUCAUGCAACACCUGCAUGACAAACCUCGCAAGCUUCCAGACCCAGACAUAUUUGCAAUGCAUAUAGAAGGGGAUGAAGAUGCAAGAGUAACUGCCCCUAAAAGGAUGAAUACCUACGAGCAAUUUUUCCACUACGUCGACUCUCUCCAGGGCCAGAUCAAGCACCGCUGGGGCGACCACGCGGUCCGCGCUUUGGGCAUGGCGGUUUCGCUUUACCCGGAGGAGAUUGCGAGGAACAGAACCUUAUCCUGGGAGAUGAAGUCUGUUCCGUAUGCGCACCAAGCGUACUGCGACUGCGGAGACAAGGAGAAGUUCAAAUGUGUGAAAAUUUGGGACCGGAAGAGAUGGGUGGGGAAUCAGGUUCCGGACACACUGUUGGCCACGUGGGGAAAAAUUUUGGAAGCGGGGACGAACAGAAAGUGGACGGUGGACGGAGAAAACCUUGGCAAGAAAAAACUCUUCACGUGCGUGCCGGUUGGCGGUGGGUGA